AAACAUCUGAAAUUUGCAGACACCAGAAUGGAGGUAUCAAGAAGAAGGGUCCUACUGAGGCACCUGGAGCCGGCGAGGCCCCUCCGUCGCUGCGUCCACGCCGAUGUUGAGUCUCCAAUAAGUGCUGCAGCAGGUGAUCAGGAUCCGGUGGAGCAGGAGACUACUGUUGGUAUAGAGCAGGUCUUCAAGAUUUUCAACCUCCAUAAACAGAAAAAAGUAGAAAGAAUAUCUUACACGAGGGAAGUUUUAAUUGGUUUGGCCAGCUGCCCUGAAGCCAAAAAGAGGCCAGAAUACCUACCCGACCACCCCAUUGUGUUGCCUGAGGCAAGGGAUCCGGGACAAGAGCUGAGAGUAACCCUGUGGAAUGGUGUAAAAGAAGACGUAUGAGUAAGUGCCGUUGUUUGGGCUUCAUCAUGGCAGUUGUCCGUUUACAGGGGCCGAGUGUCACGGCAGGUUCUGGGGAUAUUUACAGGUUCUUCACGGGCCUCCAAAUUCCAGAAGAAGUUCUCCAUAUGAUUUGUGUGGAGGUAAAUGAAGCUUUCGGUAUCUUCGCUUCAGAUGAAGAUCCAAGAAGAGCCAUUGGAUGGUGAGGGGGGGGGGUCCAUUAAUGGAUCUACCUUUAAGAUUGCUUCUUCGGGUUCAGUGGAAACCUUUUCCAGGGCAACCUUGAAAAGAUUUUAAAUCCGUGAGCUUUUUUUUUUUUCUUGUAAAUUGAGUCCAAAUUUGUAAAACAAAAUCAAAUAAAAUCUCCAUCCAAUCUGAUAUUUUUUACAGUUACACAAUCAUGCAUUGCUUUGUCUAGCUUUGUCACAAAACAUCCCCAUAAAACACAUUGAAAUUUGUUGCUUGAAAAGUUCACUAUUGUGAAAACAGAUCAGUUGCAGGAAUACGUCUGCAAGCUGCUGUACAUGUUGAACCGGCGUCCCUUUGAUACUUUGGUGUAUAUAUUGAAAAUAUUUUGUCCACACAAAACAGCGAGUGUAAUAUUAGUGCGGCAUUGGAGUGUUAUUUAUUGGCUGUACUGAUUUGUUGGGUUUAUUGCAAUUGCUGUCAUGCAUAUUUAGUGAGUUUAGUGCAAUGUUCUGGGUACAGUCUGAAUAAUUGUCAACAUGCUGGGUGUCUGCUUAUCACUUCAUCCGUUUCAGAAUACUACUGUAAAGCUAAAACACUGUUCAGAUUUGAGUUAUGUUCUCAAAAGUUCAAAGUCCUUCGGUCAGAUGAAUAUUGGUUAUUUAUUUGCAUUACAGUUGAGGUGUGGCUCUUAUCAACUCCGGAAAAUGCUUUCAUCUGGAAUGGCAGCAAGAUGACUGCUCCACUAUCGGUUUUGAGCUAUACCUCACUCAAUACUGUGAAAGUCCUCCUAGACUUAAGUUUUCUUCUGGUGUGUUCUGUUGUCGUAAAAACUCAAAGUAAACGAUCAGCCUUUUUAAACUAGUUUGGACAACCGUGAUCUUAAUCCCGAGAAAGCAGAAGCUUAGGCUGCUGCCUUAAGAAAAAAGACCUUUAUGACUCAUGUUGGGAGGAACCCACUGGUUUGACAAAUAAUUAUUGUAGUUGUGUUUUAGUUUGGUCAGCACGUUUUAUA